UGGGCUGCUGCCCCACGAAAACUCAAUCGAAAGAUGGGAUGUCACCUCCAACUCUGCUUACGCCGCCCCAGCGCCCUCCCUUCUCCGACGUUUGUCUGCUGAUUUGAUGCACGACACUCCAACCCCAAGUAUGCAAACCAUCCAAAGAGUACAUAUGCUCUGUGCCCACUCAAACAGGUACGUGUACGUACCCGAGGAUCACUGUGCUUUAAAACCAAAACGAAGAAAAAAGAAUGGGGAAACAUCUGAGGAAGAUCUGAGAAACACUCACUUAUAUCUUGAUGUUCGAACGAGAUCGACAGGGCUAGUUUCAGAGCUGAUUUUAUCGUAUGGUGUAGCUAAAUUAGAAAGUGAUCAAAAGGUUCACGUUACUGCCAGACAAAAGACUAUUCUAAAGAAUGAAGGAUUCUCUGCCCGUCUGCUCACAGAUCUAACCUGCUCUACACUCAUUUGCGUAGCACCAAGAUCAAACGAGGGAGCUGAUUUGAAAGUGAAUGACGCAUUCCCUGCUCGCCCCCGCUGCAAAUAUUUGUUUUCGGUGGUUUUUCGUCCACAAACACAACCCCGUAGAAAAUAUUACGUCCCGCGGCCUCCGCCCUCGUCCCCGUCCAACCCGUCCUGCGCUUCGCUCUCCGUAUCAUCCCACAAAGGUAUACUUCAGCCUCCACUCACAUCUACCGGGCGGCGGGGAGGACGCAAGACGCUUCGCCGCACAGUGCUUCCGACAGUGCAACGAUGACGACGCCGGCGUCCACCGCCAAGGCCGGCCGUCUUCUUGGCAGGUGAUUUGUUCACCGUGGACGGCGCCGACUAGGACAC